AUAUAUCCUUAUUCAAAAGUGUUUGAUAUGUUCGGAUUGCCUGAGUUUAGACGGUAUGAUCUUCCCCGUGAAAGGAUGUGGUCUCAUAUUCUUAUUUCACUCAUGCGCCAAAACAAAUCUAGCCUUUCAAACACGUCCUAUCUAGGCAACUACUACGAAAUCCUGUCUUUUUUGUCAUAGAAUCCUAGACUUGUCGACUUCUAUAAAGUCCCUCAUAAUAGCCAUUUUGUAAUUCAUUCCCUCAAGCUACCCAUAGCGAAUUCUUAAAUCAUGAAUUUGGUAUGGGCCUUUCCGCUUUUUAUAUUGGACUUCGUCCACGCCCAAGCAGAUUAUUCACAAUAUGUGAAUGUAUUGUAAGUAUAUUGAACCUUUUGAUGUGAAUAGUAUCUAACAGGAUAAGUACUGGAACACAAAAUGGUGGCAAUGAUUUCCCUGGUGUCGCUCGACCUUGGGGAAUGGUCAAACUUGGUCCGGAUCUCCUUAUCCAGGGUACAGACUCGUACUCUGGCUAUCUUCCUAAUGGGAAUUUCUCUGGCUUCAGUCUGAUGCAUGAGCAAGGCACUGGAGGGGCACCAAAAUAUGGAACGGUUGCUCAACUGCCUCUCGUAGGGACAAUCACAAACCCUUUGUCAGGUAUAACUGUCGGCAGAGCAGUCCCAGACCAAGGUUCUGUGGGCUACUAUCGUGCUCAGACAAGUGACAAUGUUGUUGUCGAGCUUGCUGCCACUUCACAUGCUGGAUUGUAUCAAUACACAUUCCCAACUACAAGCACUGCCAACAACAUCUUGAUCGAUGUGAGCCAUGUGCUCCCUUCGUUCAGAGGCCAAGGUUUGGGUCAAGGGUAUGAUGGAGGUAGUUUUCAAAUAUUUCCGGAUGGACAUUAUGAGGCAUCGGGAGUAUACAAUAAUGGGUGGAAUAGAUCCCCCGAUUGGACGAUAUAUUCAUGUGAGUGUUUAAGUGUCAUACGAUUCCUGAUUCACACUGAUGUAUCAAGGCGGUUAUUUUAACAUAACACCUUCGGCUUCAAAUGUCUACACAAAUACUGGUGCUGGUAGUCUUCUUCAGUCUAAUAAGUCUGCCACAGCAGCCAACCUGAAUACUGCCGUUGGUGGACUUUAUACGUUCAAUACAACUGCGGUCGCCUCACGUGUUGGGAUUUCUUGGAUCUCCAAGGAAAAGGCAUGUCAGAAUGUCAACAAUGAGAUCCCACAUGAUACCAGAUUUUCCACUGUCGUGUCAGACACUAAGUCUGUUUGGAAUAACCAAGUUCUAGCAGGGAUUACAACUACUUCUACCAAUGCUACAAACCUUGGGUUACUAUAUACAUCCAUGUAUUUCAUGAAUCUUCUGCCGACGAACCAAACAGGAGAAAACCCAAAAUGGACUUCCACUGAACCAUACUAUGAAGAUAUAUUCACUCUUUGGGAUCUUUUUCGUUGCAGCACAGCUCUUUUCCACGUUCUUCAACCAACUGCUUACGAAGAAUACAUUCGUUCUCUGAUUGAAAUCUGGCGCCAUGAGGGUUACUUACCAGAUGCUCGCUCUUCUAACUACAAUGGUCGAACUCAAGGUGGUUCCAAUGCAGACAAUGUUCUCGCCGAUGCUUAUGUGAAGGGUGUAAGAGGGCAAAUUAAUUGGGACGAUGGCUACGCAGCCAUGGUGAAAGAUGCCGAAGUUCAACCAAAUAACACAGUUCCACCUGACCCAAUGGCCCCUGAUUCGUCAACAAAGGAAGGAAGAGGUGCAUUACCCGACUGGAAAAAAUAUGGUUACAUCACGCCUACAUAUAGCCGUGCCGGUUCUCGAGCCGUCGAUUACGCAUACAAUGAUUUCUCACUGUACCAGGUAGCCAGUGGAUUGGGGAAAACAGAGGAUGCAGCGAAAUAUCUUGCUCGCUCGCGAAACUGGAGAAAUCACUGGAAUCACAAUUUGACUUCCAUUGGGUACUCUGGGUUUGUGGUUCCUCGCACAGCACCUAAUUCUUCGACGCCUUUUGUGUCUGUGAAUCCUUUACUUAAUGAUGGCUAUUGGGGUGAUCCAUUUUAUGAGGGAAGUUCGUGGCAUUAUUCAUGGGGUGAUAUUCAUGAUAUGGAUACUAUUAUUGAAUACAUGGGAGGAGAUGCCACUUUCUAUAAUAGAUUGGAUACUAUGUUUACACUUGGAGCUAAUCCUAAUGACCCAGAAGGUAUCAUCUUCGAUGGUACAAAUGAGGUGUAUGUCUUUCCAUUUUCUUUAUUUUCUCAUUUGAGCCACAAAAAAGAAUCUUACCGAGUAACUAACACAACCCAGUACAUUCAAUGUCCCCUACCUCUACAACUUCAUCAACAACCAAUCCCGCUCAACCUACCAAUCCCGCAAAGUAGCCAAAACCUACAAUCUCUCCCCCUCUGGCCUCCCCGGCAACUCCGACGCAGGCGCAAUGCAAACAUGGCUCAUAUGGAACAUACUCGGACUCUACCCCAUAACCGCGACUCCAAACUUCCUUAUCACAUCCCCCUGGUUCGAAUCCACAACUAUAAAUCUCGGUCCCAAUGACUCUGCACCAUAUGAGCGGAAAACUUUAACGAUAACUAGUACAGGUGGUGAUGGAAAUGGGGAUAGUAAUUUUUAUGUGCAGAGUUUGAGGGUUAACGGUGUGCUAUGGGAUAAGAAUUGGGUGAAGUGGAGUGAUGUUUUUGAGAACGGUGGUGUGAUGGAGUUUGUGUUAGGGAGUGAGCCGAGUGCUUGGGAUGAAGGUGGGGAGAGGGUUCCGAGUCCGGCGAGUGAGACGGCGGCGGGAUCAGGAGGGCGGUUAUGGGGCUAAAGGUAUUUAUUAGGAAGGUUGCUUCUUCGGUGGUUUUGGUGUGUAUAUCGGGAUGCUCUUUGUUUACUAGACUGGUUUCGGUUUUGGAGGUGUUGAGUAAAUGGAGGCGAUGGUUGUCGCGAAGAGGGAUGGGUUGGUGGUGCUGUAGAGGAUACGGGGUUAAUCUCCAUCACCUAGAAGAUUGAUCCCCGGCCGAUUAUCUCGCGUAGAGCAUUUGGGUUUCGUAGCCUGCUUUGAGAGUAUCUGAAUCUAGAUUUUGCAUGUUUGCGAGGGCGAGAUGCGGCAUGAGAAGGUUCUUUGGUUGGUUGAAGCAGAUGAGGUUGAGACGAAUCACACAUUUAUGUAUUAACGCCAU